GAGAGAGAGAGAGAGACGCGCAGAGAAAGAGCAGGUCUGCAGUCUGAAUCUUGGCGUCGCACAGACCCGAGACGACGCUGUGGCCGAGCGCUUCGAUCCUGGGAAUACAUACAUUCACAACUGCUUAUUUCUCUCCGUACAAUACGAUCACUGACUACACUCCAACGCUGGCCGAGAACUUCUAAAGCGAGGCGGUUUUUGUUUUUUCUUGGAUUCGGAUAACCUCUGUGGCUCAUUCGUCGCUCGUUCCUUUUGAAUCUCGGUCUAAUGACGAGUUUAAAAAAAAACGUGGAUUAUCGGCACCGCAAAUGCUGUUAUUAACUGGAGAUACGUUCAAGAGAAGGACAGAUAAGUGCUGCGGGACAAACUGAAGGAGGGAUCUCCUGGUUUAUUUUGACGUGUGCCUGGUAAGAUCAGUCACAUAUGUGGAGCGGACGAGGGAUUUUCGUGAUUUUUUACGCGUGCGGGGCAGAUCAGUGACCACUUGAAUCACACGUCUCCCCUUUGGGUUUGCCUUCCCUCCCUUUAUACCCCCCCCACCUCCCCCUCCUUUUUAGGUGUGAAAUCUAUCUUCUCAGACAAGAGACUCUGAACCCCUCGGUCCCCGCAUGACAUGGUUCAGUCCAGCUGCGAGAUCCGAGCCUCCUCCAUGCAUUGGGAUUUUUCUCAGCGCCUACACCGAGUGAAUCUCCCUUUUCUGACCAUCUGAGAACUAUCGCGCCCGCCAGUCCAGAGAAGAAGAAGAAGAAGAAAAAAAGCCCCUGCCAUGACCGCCGCUUCAAAUCGGGACGGAGCAACGGGACUUGAGAGGAGACCGGAAUGCGCAUGCAGGAGAGGGGACGGAAUACGGAUUUUUGCUCUAAUGAAGGCGGGAGUGCAGGCGCACCGUUGGAGCCGGGUGCUGUUCUUAUAUAUGGGGCUACUGGCCGCCUCAGUAGAGGCUCAGAACUGCAGUUACACACUACACAGUCCCAAUGGGACGAUAGAGAGCCCCGGCUACCCUUACGGUUAUCCUAACUAUGCCAACUGUACAUGGGUGAUUGUGGCGGCAGAGCACAACCGGAUACAGCUGGUGUUUCAAGGCUUCGCCCUAGAGGAGGACUUUGACAUCCUGUCUGUAUAUGAUGGGCCACCCAGCCCUGGGAACCUGCGAACACGGUUAACAGGGUUCCAGCUGCCUUCACCCAUUGUGAGUACAGGCUCCCGGCUCACACUGUGGCUACUGUCUGACUACGCGGUCAGCGGGCAGGGAUUUAAAGCUGUCUAUGAAGCUCUGCCCAGCUACACUUGUGGUAAUCCUGGGCAACUACUCAAUGGCCACCAGCAGGGGUCCACGUUCAACAUCGGGGACAAAAUCCGCUACAGCUGCAGCCCGGGCUACGUACUGGAGGGUCACACCACCCUGUCCUGUCUCGCCACUUCGGCUGGUACUGCUGCCUGGGAUUUCCCCCUUCCCUACUGCAGAGCAGAUGACGGGUGCGGCGGCACGCUGCGGGGCCAGAGCGGGGUGAUCACCACUCCCAAUUACCCCGCCGAAUACAACAACAACGCCGACUGCACCUGGACCGUGCUGGCCGAGCCGGGAGACACCAUCGCCCUGGUUUUCUCCGACUUUCAACUGGAGGACGACUACGACCUGCUGGAGGUCAGCGGCACGGAGGGCUCUUCACAGUGGUUCACUGGCCCCAACCUUCCCUCACCCAUAAUCAGCAGCAAGAACUGGCUUCGACUGCAUUUUACCUCUGAUGGCAACCACAAGUUGAGAGGUUUCAGCGCCCAGUACCAAGUGAAGAAGAUGACUGAACUUAAGUCUCGAGGUGUGAAGAUGUUGCCUAGCAAAGACAACCACCACAAGAUAUCAGUGUUGUCUCAGAUGGGUGUAGCCCAAGGACACAACAUGUGUCCAGACCCGGGGAUUCCAGAUCGAGGAAAAAGAAAAGGCUCAGACUUCAGGCGGGGAGCCACAGUGCAUUUCUCCUGUGAUGAAGGUUAUGAACUGCAGGGCUCAAAGAGCAUCAGUUGUCUCAGAGUGACGGACAGCUACGUGGGCUGGAGUGACGACCGGCCCAUAUGCAGAGCGCCCAUGUGUGGAGGUCAGUUGAGAGGACCCACUGGUGUCAUCACGUCUCCAAACUACCCGGUCCAGUAUGACAACAAUGCCAACUGCACCUGGGUCAUCACGGCCACAGAUGCAUCUAAGGUGAUCAAGCUGACAUUUGAGGAUUUUGACCUGGAGCGGGGCUACGACACCCUGACGGUGGGAGACGGCGAGGUGGUGGGAGACCAGAAGACCAUCUUCCACGUCCUGUCUGGUACCACAACUCCAGACCUUGUGGUCAGCACCAGUCACCAGAUGUGGCUCAAUUUCAAAACAGACGACACCAGCGGCUCCCUCGGCUUCAAGGUGUCCUAUGAAGAAAUUGACCAAGGCAGCUGUGGAGAUCCUGGAAUCCCAGCUUACGGCAAGCGGGAGGGGACGGGUUUUCGUCACGGAGACAGACUGUACUUUGAGUGUCUGCCCGCCUUUGAGCUGGUCGGGAAGAAGAACAUCACUUGUCAGAAAAACAACCAGUGGUCGGCUAAGAAACCCAGCUGUGUUUUUUCCUGCUUCUUCAACUUUACCACUCCGUCCGGGGUGCUGCUGUCUCCCAACUACCCUCAGGAGUAUGGAAACAAUAUGCACUGUGUGUGGCUGAUCAUCACCAACCCUGAGAGCCGAAUCAAUCUGGCCUUCAAUGAUCUCAGCAUGGAGAAGCAGUUUGACUUCCUCUCGAUCAAAGACGGAGGAAAGGCUGAGUCUCCUAUCCUGGGGACCUUCUCUGGUGACAUCCUGCCUCCUCCCAUAACAACUAGUGCCCACGUGGCACGACUGGAGUUCCUGACUGACCACACCUACACAGACAGAGGCUUUAACAUCACGUUUACAACAUUUCGCCACAACGAGUGCCCAGACCCAGGUGUUCCUGUUAACGGGAAACGCUUCGGUGAAAGCCUUCAGCUGGGCAGUUCCAUCUCAUUCCUGUGUGAAGAGGGCUUCGUUAAGACCCACGGCUCUCAAACAAUCUCCUGCAUUCUCAAGGAUGGCAAUGUGGUGUGGGAUAACGCCGUUCCCCGUUGUGAAGCCCCAUGCGGAGGAGAUCUGAAAGCUCCCAGUGGGAUCAUCCUAUCCCCUGGCUGGCCGGAACUCUAUAAGGAGGCCCUUAACUGUGAAUGGAUCAUUGAGGCUCCUCCGGGCUACCCCAUCAAGAUCAUCUUCGACAAGUUUCGCACAGAAGUCAACUAUGACGUCUUGGAGGUGCGUGAUGGCCGUUUCCCGUCUUCACCUCUGAUUGGCAGUUACCAAGGCACUCAGGUUCCCCAGUUUCUCAUCAGCACCUCCAACUUCCUGUAUCUCCUCUUUUCCACCGACAAGAGCCACUCUGACAUCGGCUUUCGCAUUCGCUACGAAACCUUGCAGUUACAGUCGGAUCAUUGCGUCGAUCCUGGCAUACCUGUCAACGGACAGCGACACGGCAAUGACUUCUACGUGGGGGCUUUGGUCACAUUCAGCUGUGAAGCAGGGUACACGCUUAGUGACACGGAGCCUUUAGAAUGUGAACCCAAUUUUCAGUGGAGCCGCCCCCUGCCUAGCUGCGAUGCCUUGUGUGGAGGUUACAUCCAGGGCAACGUCGGCACCAUCCUGUCACCUGGCUUUCCAGACUUUUACCCACACAACCUGAACUGCACGUGGAUAAUCGAGACCUCCCAUGGCAAAGGUGUCCAGUUCACCUUCCACACCUUCCACCUCGAGAGCCCUCAUGACCAUUUGUUGGUGACGGAGAACAGCAGCUUCUCUCAGCCCCUGUGGAGGCUGACAGGCUCCACGUUGCCCCCGCCUCUCAGUGCCGGCCUGUUUGGAAACUACACGGCUCAGAUCCGCUUCCUCUCCGACUUCUCUGUCUCCUACGAGGGAUUCAACAUCACUUUCUCCGAGUAUGAUUUGGAGCCGUGUGAAGAUCCUGGAAUCCCGCCCUACAGCACCAGAAAGGGCCUGCAGUAUGGUGUGGGCGACGCCCUCAUCUUCUCCUGUUUCCCAGGUUACCGUCUAGAGGGUCCGGCGAGGGUGGUGUGCUUAGGGGGCAGGAGGCGGGUGUGGAGUUCCCCUCUGCCAAGGUGUGUUGCUGAAUGCGGCUCAUCCGUGACUGGCAUGCAAGGGGUGCUGCUCUCGCCCAACUACCCCGGUUACUACGGCAACAACCACGAGUGCAUCUACUCGAUCCAAACGCAGCCUGGCAAAGGCAUCCAGCUACGAGCACGCGACUUCAGACUGGAGGAGGAUGACGUACUCAAAGUCUUUGACGGCAACAGUAAUAAGGCUCGUCUGCUGGGGGUGUUUACAGGCAGCGAGCUGCUAGACACAACCCUGAACUCCACCUCCAGCUCCAUGUGGCUGGAGUUCAUCAGCAAUGCAGAUAACACCAGUAAAGGCUUUGAACUGCACUUCACUAGUUUUGAGCUGGUGAAAUGUGAGGAUCCAGGUGUUCCCCAGUUUGGCUACAAGAGGGAGGACAAAGGUCAUUUUGCAGGGAGCACUGUGUCAUAUAGCUGUGACCCUGGCUAUACCCUGAAGGGCCCCGAGGUGCUCACCUGCUUGAGGGGGGAAAGGAGGGCAUGGGACAGUCCCCUCCCACUCUGUGUCGCGGAGUGUGGGGGCACCAUCAAGGAUGAGCCUUCUGGUCGUAUCCUGUCUCCGGGCUAUCCAGCUCCCUACGAGCACAACCUGCACUGCAUGUGGACCAUUGAGGCUGCCCCUGGAAGCACUAUUAGUCUGCAUUUCCUGGUUUUCCACACGGAGGAGGUCCAUGAUGUGCUCCGCAUCUGGGAUGGGCCCCAGGAGGGAGGGGUCCUGCUGAGGGAGCUGAGCGGUUCGGUGCUGCCCCCAGACGCCCACAGCACCUUCAACACCGUCAGCCUGCAGUUCACCACUGACUUUUUUACCAGCAAGCAGGGCUUCGCUCUGCAGUUCUCUGUCUCCACCGCGACCUCCUGCAAUGACCCGGGCAUGCCUACUAAUGGCACCCGCAGUGGAGACAGCAGGGAGCCUGGAGACCAUGUGGCGUUCCAGUGUGAUCCUGGCUAUAUCCUGCAGGGGGCCAACAGGAUCACCUGCACUGAGAUUAACGGUCGUUUCUUCUGGCAGCCAGACCCUCCUACAUGCACAGCUCCAUGUGGCGGGAACCUGACAGGUCCUAGUGGGCUGAUUCUGUCUCCGGACUAUCCUGAACCCUACCCCCAUGGGAGGGAGUGUGACUGGACAGUUACUGUCACACAGGACUAUGUCAUAGCUCUGAGCUUCAACCAGUUCAGCUUGGAGCCCAGUUAUGAUUUCUUACAUAUCUACGAUGGGCCGGACUCCCUUAGCCCCUUGCUGGGCAGUUUCUACGGUACAGAUGUGCCGGACCGUAUUGAGAGCAGUUCCAACACGCUCUUCCUGGCUUUCCGCAGUGAUGCUUCCUUAAGCAGCAAUGGAUUUGUUCUGCAGUACACAGAGAACCCCAGGGAGUCUUGCUUCGAGCCGGGCCUGGUGCGCAAUGGCACACGGGUGGGCGCCGACCUCAAGCUGGGCUCCACUGUCACCUACCACUGCGAUAGCGGCUACAUGCUAGAGGGAGACCCAACCCUCACUUGCAUCAUGGGAGGAGACGGCAAGCCGAGCUGGAACAAACCCAAACCCAUCUGCAUUGCUCCGUGUGGUGGACAGUACUCAGGUUUGGAAGGAGUGGUCUUGUCUCCCGGUUACCCUGGCAACUAUAGCAGUGCACGGACCUGUCUGUACUCUGUGGUCGUGCCCAAGGAUUACGUGGUCUUCAGUCAGUUCGCCUUCUUCCAGACAGCGCUGAACGACAUUGUGGAGGUUUACGAUGGGGCGCAGCAGCAUUCCCGUGUUCUUAGCUCACUGUCUGGAGCGCACACAGGCGAGUCGUUGCCGUUAGCAACCUCCAACCAAAUCCUGAUCUGCUUCACCUCCAAAGGGCAAUCCAGCUCCAGGGGAUUCCACUUGGUCUACCAGGCUGUGCCACGGACCAGUGCCACCCAGUGCAGCUCAGUCCCCGAGCCCCGAAAUGGCCGCCGUAUGGGCAACAACUUUGCUGUUGGCGCUGUGAUCCGCUUUGAGUGCAGCCCGGGUUACAUGCUGGAAGGAUCCAGUGCCAUUGAAUGUUUAACAGUUCCCAAUGCCCUGGCACAGUGGAACAGCUCCAUACCCAGCUGUAUAGUUCCAUGUGGAGGUAAUCUGACCCAUCGAACUGGCACCAUCUUAUCUCCUGGCUUUCCUGAGCCUUACCUCAACAGCCUCAACUGUGUGUGGAAGAUCACUGUUCCUGAAGGUUCAGGAAUCCAGAUCCAGGUAAUCAGCUUUGUCACAGAGCAGAACUGGGACUCGCUGGAGGUGUUUGAUGGAGGAGACAACACUGAUACCAUGCUUGGCAGCUUUUCAGGCACUACGGUUCCAGCUCUCCUCAACAGCACCUCCAACCAACUCUACCUCCACUUUUUCUCUGAUAUUAGUGUGUCUGCAGCUGGAUUCAGGCUGGAAUACAAAACGGUGUCUCUGACCAACUGUCCAGAACCCGUGGUUCCUAUGAACGGCAUCAAAGUUGGGGAGCGUCUUCAGAUGAAUAAUGUGGUCUCUUUCCAGUGUGAACCUGGAUAUACACUACAGGGGAACUCACAUAUCACCUGUAUGCCUGGAACCGUUAGACGAUGGAACUACCCACCUCCUCUCUGUAUAGCUCAAUGUGGUGGAAUCCGGGAGGAGAUGGAGGGCAUGAUUCUCAGUCCUGGUUUCCCUGGCAACUACCCUAGCAACAGUGACUGCACCUGGAGAAUCUACCUGCCAGUUGGUUAUGGAGCCCACAUUCAGUUCCUCAACUUCUCCACCGAGGCCAACCACGAUUUCCUCGAGAUACGCAACGGGCCCCUCGAUACGAGCGCCGUAAUCGGCCGUUUCAGCGGCCAGGAUAUUCCCUCCUCCCUUCUCACCACCUCCCACGAGACCACAGUAUAUUUCCACAGUGACCAUUCGCAGAACAAACCAGGUUUCAGGUUCGAGUACCAGGCAUAUGAGCUACAGGAGUGCCCUGAUCCGGAACCUUUCCGCUACGGAGUGGUGGUGGGUGCCGGCUUUAACGUGGGCCAGUCUAUCUCCUUUGAAUGUUUGCCUGGGUAUCACCUAAUGGGACAUUCCAUCCUCACCUGUGAGCACGGCACCACCCGCAACUGGGAUCAUCCUUUCCCUCGCUGCGAAGUGCCUUGUGGUGGGAACAUCACAUCGGACAAUGGGACCAUCUUCUCCCCAGGUUACCCAGAGGAGUACCCCAGUUCUGCUGACUGCUCCUGGCUGAUCACCGUGGCUCCUGGCUUCGGCAUCAAACUCAACUUCACCUUGCUGCAGGUUCACGGGCCGCAUGACUUCAUCACGGUCUGGGAUGGUCCACAGGAGACAGCCAGGAAACUGGGGGUUUUUACUGAUGGAGAGCCCAAUGAACCACCCACGAGCACAUCCAAUCAGGUGCUGAUACGUUUCCGUAGUAAUACAGAGAAGGGUGGACUGUUCCGCAUCAACUAUCAAGCUUACAGACUGCAGCACUGCCUGCCUCCCCCCAUCAUCCCCAAUGCAGAGAUCCUGAUGGCAAGCAAAGAGUUUAAAAUCGGUGAUAUAGUGCGCUACCGUUGUCUGCCAGGCUACCAGUUAAGUGGAAACAGCAUCCUGACCUGCCGGCUGGGGACACACUUGGAGUUUGAGGGGCCUCCGCCCUCGUGCGACGUGACUUGUCCCAUGAACGAGGUGCUGACAGCUUCCACAGGUGUCAUCAUGAGCCAGUCACCAGGCAGCGGUUUCCCACAUUUUGAGUCCUGCUCCUGGGUGGUGAAAGUAGAACCAGGCUACAACAUUACCUUCACUAUUGAACACUUCCAAACCAGCCGUCAGUUUGAUGAGCUCGAGAUCUUUGAUGGCCCUUCCAGACAGAGCCCCCUCCUAAUCACCCUCAGUGGCAACUAUUCCAGUCCGCUGAGUAUCACUAGCUCCAAUAACAAAGUCUACCUGCACUGGUCCUUCGAUCACACCACCAGCCACAAAGGCUUCCGAAUACGCUAUUCAGCGGCCUACUGCAGCCCUCCAAACAACCCUGUAAAUGGCACAGUGCACAGUCUGACAGGCACUAAGCUGGGCAGCACCCUGCGUUUCAGCUGUGACCAAGGCUUCCGGCUUAUUGGUCAGAGCAGCGCCACAUGUACCCGCACUGCACAGGGGAUCUACCAGUGGAAUGCACCAGUGCCACUUUGCCAAGUUAUGUCCUGUGGAAUGCCAGUGCCUCCAGUCAAUGGCAGUAUUGUUGGCCAGGACUUCUCUCUAGGAGCCAGAGCCACCUACCAGUGUAAUCCUGGAUUUCGGCUGGCCGGGCCCGUCACCACAUCGGUGAUCUGUCAGGAAUCUGGGAGGUGGAGCCCCAUUGAGGCUCAACCCAGAUGUGUUCCUGUGACGUGUCCUGACAUCGGCCACUCUGCUGUGGAGCAUGGGAGAUGGAGACUAAUCUAUGGAACUCAAAACCAAUAUGAUGCUAUUAUGAUGCUCAUAUGUGACCCAGGAUAUUACUACAGAGGUCAAAGGGUCAUUCGCUGCCAAGCUAACAGCACCUGGAACUACCCGGAUCCACGCCCUGUCUGUGAGAUCAUCUCCUGCGGGGACCUUGGGACUCCACCAAAUGGUAACAAGAUUGGAACACUGACUGUGUACGGAGCCACUGCCAUUUUCUCCUGCAACACAGGCUAUACCUUGGUGGGCUCCCGGGUACGAGAGUGUAUGUCCAAUGGGCUUUGGAGCGGAACACAAGUCCAGUGUCUAGCUGGCCAUUGUGGUACCCCGGAGCCCAUAGUGAACGGACAGAUCACCGGGGAGAACUAUAACUAUCGAGGCAGCGUUGUGUACCAGUGUAACCCAGGAUUUCGUCUCAUUGGGGUGUCGGUGCGAAUCUGUGAGCAGGAUCACCGCUGGUCGGGACGCACUCCUGUCUGUGUCCCCACUACGUGCGGGCAUCCUGGCAACCCUACCUUUGGUGUGACCCAAGGAAACCAGUUCAACCUAAAUGACGUUGUGCGUUUCGUCUGUAACACCGGAUAUGUUCUGCAGGGAGCUGUAAAAUCUACCUGCCAGGCCAAUGGGCAGUGGAGCAAUGCCCUCCCCAGGUGUAAAAUUGUGAACUGCACAGAGCCAGGCCACAUAGAGAACAGCAUCAGGCAGGUACUGCCCAGCGGACCGCAUCGCUACAGCUUCCAGACCACCGUGUCAUACCGCUGUAACCCAGGCUACUACCUGCUGGGCACCAGCUCCAUCUCCUGUCAGGGGGACGGCACCUGGGACCGCUCCCUGCCCAAGUGCCUGUUGGUGCUGUGUGACCGCCCCAGCAUGCCACCGUACGCCCAGAUCUCAGGCGACCGUCGGACAGUAGGCUCAGUCAUCCGGUACAGCUGCAUCGGCCAGCGCACCAUCAUCGGCAACACGACGCGAAUGUGCCAGCUGGACGGCCAGUGGAGCGGCUCACCACCACACUGCUCUGGGGAGUCUGCCGGGCUGUGUGGAGAUCCAGGUGUUCCUGUGCACGGCAUUCGUCUGGGCGAGGAGUUUACAGUGGGCAGUGUUGUCCGCUUUAGCUGUGAGCCCGGCUAUAUGCUGAAGGGUUCGCCAGAGAGAACCUGUCUGGCCAAUGGGACCUGGCUGGGAACUCAACCUGAGUGUCAUGUGAUCUCCUGCGGAAACCCGGGAACUCCAAGGAAUGCCCAGAUCCUGAUCCACGACGGCCUGACGUUUUCCAGAUCCAUCACUUACGCUUGCAGGGAGGGCUAUUAUUCUACUGGCCUGCUCACCCGACACUGCACCGUGAACGGGACCUGGACCGGGAACAUGCCCGAGUGCUCAGUGAUCAACUGCGGUGACCCUGGAGUGCCAGCCAAUGGGGUGAGGUUAGGGAAUGAUUUCACCUACAACCACACAGUCAGUUUCCAGUGUUCUCCAGGUUUCACCAUGGACGCCGACCGGGCCUCCACUCUCAUCUGCACCAAAGACCGCACAUGGAAUGGCACCAAACCACACUGUAAAGCGAUCGUAUGUGGUCCACCACCCACCAUCCCCAAUGGGCAGGUCGUCGGUACAGACUUCAUCUGGGGUUCCAGCAUCAGCUACUCCUGCAACCAAGGUUACCAGCUGUCCCUUCCCACUGUGUUAACAUGCCAGGGCAGCGGCAACUGGAGUGGGGAGAAACCACAGUGUUUCCCUGUGUUCUGUGGAGACCCGGGGAUGCCAGCCCAGGGGAGGAGAGAGGACCGAGGAUUCACCUACCUCUCCUCUGUCUCCUUCUCCUGCUACCCUCCUCUUGUCCUGGUGGGCUCUACCAGGAGAUAUUGCCAGUAUGAUGGCACUUGGAGUGGAACGCAGCCCUCUUGCAUAGAUCCCACUCACACUACCUGUGGAGACCCUGGCACUCCUCUUUUUGGAAAUCAGAACAAUAGUCAAGGCUACCAGAUCAGCAGCACUGUAUUCUUCAGCUGUAGAAAGGGCUACUUACUGCAGGGCUCCAAUUCUCGCACUUGUCUGCCCAACCUCACAUGGAGUGGUUUUCAGCCUGAGUGCAUUGCCCACCACUGCAGCCAACCAGAGCUGCCAGCCCAGUCUGAUGUGAGAGCCAUCGAGCUGCCAUCCCUUGGCUACACACUGAUCUAUACAUGUCAGCCCGGCUUUUACUUGGCCGGAGGAUCAGAGCAUAGGACCUGCAGGUCCGAUGGGAGCUGGACAGGAAAACCACCUCUCUGUGCAGCUGAUAAUCGCCCAAGUGGUAAGAGCCCUGUGGGGACAGUGCAGGAGCCACCUUCCAAAUUACCAGUCCCUGGUGGUGUAUUUGCUAAGAACUCUCUGUGGAGGGGAUCCUAUGAAUACCUGGGGAAGAAGCAGCCGGCCAUGCUCAGCAUCACUGCCUUUGAACCCUUUAGCAACCGGGUUAAUGGGACACUCAUCGACCACAGCGGAGUGGAACUCAAACUUGCUGGUACAUAUAAGAGGGAGGAGGCUCAGCUGCUGCUGCAGGUCCACCAGAUCAGAGGGCCCGUGGAGAUCUUUGUCAACAAGUUCAAAAUAGACAACUGGGCCCUAGACGGACAUGUGUCCUACAUCUCCUCAUCCAACUCCUUUGUGUACCAGGGAUUUGUCAAAGGAAAAGGCUUUGGCCAAUUUGGUCUCCAGAGACUGGAGAGUUUAGAUCAAAGCAGAGACAACCCUGGCUACAACUUUGCCUCCAACAGCAGUUCAGUGGCAGCAGCCAUCCUAGUGCCUUUUAUAGCCAUGAUCAUUGCAGGCUUCGCUCUGUACCUCUACAAACACAGAAGAAGACCCAAAGUCCCCUUCAAUGGUUACGUGGGCCAUGAGAACACCAAUGGACGAGCUACAUUCGAGAACCCUAUGUAUGACCGCAACAUCCAACCCACUGACAUCAUGGCCAGUGAGACAGAGUUCACAGUCAGCACAGUGUGCACAGCUGUAUAGCAACUGCUUCCUCCAGAGAUCUUUGCAUUCAUCCUUGAUUCAGUUAGGGGAGGAGAGGUGCACCACAUCUUCGCCUGCCUGCCAACAGAGGACAUCCAUAGUUCCUCGAGCAGAGGGCAAGACAAAGAUUAUUUUAUUUGCUGAAACACAUUCAAGAAACAUCUCCAGCGGUAAAGGCUCUUACCCCGGAGUCGAGAAAAAAAAAAGGGAAACCAUGUGGAGACAACAGCAACUGUAACAAAUGCCAAAAGCAAAAUGCUUUUUUGUAACUUAACAUGGUUUCUUGAUCAUUUUCCAUAUUUCGAGGAGAAGCUUCCACCUGAAACUGCAGCCGGCAGGGUGGAAGUGGUAGUGCUGGAAGCAAAGCUGUGAUGACUUUUCUCACCGACCUCCGCCUAAACCCAGAGGGAAUUUAAUGGUCAACUAAGUCAAGGAAUUGACCUGUAGCUAUCAGAGAUCUCUGUGCAAGUGAACUGUACGGUGGACAGCUGCCUUUGCUGGCCUGUGUGAGUCAGAGAGAGACAGUCUGGACUGUUUCGAUUCAUUCUUCUCUCUGUUUUUCCAUUUCAUUUUUUGUUUCGUUUUUGCUUUCUUUUCUAUAUGCUGCUCGCUUUCUGUGAUGAGUAAUUGGGAACCCUGCUUUUCCCCAACUGUCUGCUCCUGAGGCUGUUGAAAGGGUUCAUCGGAGGCCCCUGGUCUCUGGCUGAGGAUAAAUUAAAAAAUCAGUGAGUUUUGAAGGCCAUGUUGAAGACACACAUUCUAUCUUUACCUUUUGAGCUUGACUUAGUUUUUUUUGUUGUUGUUGUUUUUGUUUUUUGAAGCAGGGAUGAAAUUCUGCUUGCUGAGGCAGCUGUGUCUAGGCAGGGGUUACAAGGAAGCUAGGGUUGCUGAAAAAAGCACUUAGUAAGAAUUUGUAGAGAGAAUUUAUGAGUGUGUGUGUGUGUGUGUGUGUGUGUGUACGUAUAUGUGUGUAUGUAUGAGUGUGUAUUUCUACACACAUUUGUGGUGGCUGCAACUGCAAUCUGUCCCAAAAUAUGUCCUGUCUGUUUUGGCCCCAAAGAUUCAACCACACAUGACAGAUAAUUUGCUAAAAAAAAACGUUUUUUUCCUUACUUACAUGUUAUUUUUUACUUUAAAAAAUACAAAGGAUAUUGCUUAGGAGCACCACUUUGUGUUCACCUGGAUGCUCUGGACACCAAUAAAUGAAAUGUCUACUUGGAACAAGUAAUGAUGACAAUGUACAGCUCCUCAAGAGAACAAAACCUGAAGGCUAUGUCAGUCUCUAGCUCUGACAUUCAUCCUCUUUCUCUCAGCUCAUAGUGAUUCAUAUGCAGUCACUUCACUUUUUUGUGUCUGAGAGACACUGUAAAGAAAGUGUGGGUAGACAAAACCACCUCUCAAACUGAUGCACCUAAAUCAAAAUGUUAAUCAAGAGGAUAUAGUGUCAGGUUUGCCUCUUUGAACCAUCCAUUGUUGCCUGUGAGGCUGGGUAUCAGCUUGGUUGAUGUAGGGAUGGCACCUGCGAUAAUUCCGUCUGGGGACCACAUCAUAUCUCACCCUUUUUUUGCCUUCAUUUUCAAAAGUCAUAACAAAGCUGUGGCACCAAGUUACAGAGAAACAAGUGGCACAUUGUCUUCAGAAAGAGUGAGUGCGAGUCUGAUGUCAAAUUCUCUACUUUUGACCUCCUUUUUAAUCCUGGAUCCACCUUCACAUGGUUCCUCUGGCCUGAAGGCGGUGCACGCUGCACUGCUCUGAGAUCAAGAUGCAGUAUGAGCUCCCUAAACUUGGCCUCAGGAAAACAAAGAUCAAAGAGCGGUCAUGUUUCUUACUCCCUCGAAAUGUUCAACUGAAGGCGUUUUAUAAAGUCUGAAGAAUGGAUGAGUCAGUGAUGUUUUCCCUCUGGAUUACAUUCAGGUCUUUUCCUCCAAGUUAACUUCUGACAGCUCCAUCUCUUUGAAAAGAAGAGUAGCGUCGCUUUGUUUUGUCUUUGCUCAUCACGAAAAUGUUGCAGAGGGCUUCCUCGGAGCUGUGACAGCAGGGGAGUUGCUGCCAUACUGAUUACUCCCAUGCUUUCAACUGGAAAUGAUAAAUAUGAUAUUUGUUGAGGGGGGGGGGGCGUAUCCCUCUAAUGCUAACACUCUUCAAAUCUGUGGCAAGUGGGGAGUGAUAUACAUGAAAUAUUGUUUUGAAAGUGCGACACAGGAAGCCAACUGUCAUCACACUGACACUGAUACGACAGCAGGACUUUGGCUAGUGAAUGACAUGCCUGAUGAGAAGAGUGGAUUCAAAACAUGAAUGCUUUUGUGACCCUUACAACGUGUGUGUAUGUGUGUAUUGAGAAGGAACGAAACCCACUGGAUUUUUAAACACCCUAUUUACCACUUACUGUCCCCAUACCUGUGUAUCCUGUGGAUGCUGAGUGGGGUGAAUAGUGCUCCAAUUUUCACUGCAGCAAAUUGAGACAUUACGUGCAAUUUGCUUUAAUUUAGCCUCGCUUCAUUGUCGAACCCAUAUCGAAUCCUGAAUUCAUCCUUCCAUUAUCACUGACAGGACAGAUCCUCAAUUAUGUAAUAUCUGACUCCCCCCCAAAAAAAGCAGUCUAAAACAUCCAUACUGCUUUGAUUUACCAUGUGCUCUUUGGCAUCCUCCUUUUAAGUACCAAAAUUGGUGGGAAUUAGGAGGAAAUUCGACUUGCAUGGAUUUGUUUUGGUACAUUUGCAUAUACAUUAUACCUAUAUAAAUGUGGCAAAGUGGGUUUCACAGUCAAAAUCAGCCUCCAUACCAACAGGUUUUUAAUGAAGUCUUUACAAUCACCUACAGUACAUAAUUUCCCUCAGAAAUUCAGACCUUUGAAACCAAUCACUCUAUUGUUCCUUCAAUCAGUUUCGCUGUGGGUCGGUAAUUGCUUUUACAAUUUUAUUACUUUUAAAGCUCUCCGCUUAUCUCGACAGUACAGAUAGAAUAUUGCCCCUUGCCUGCUCCGGUCGUGAAUUGAUGGAAAAGGAAACGAUUGAAUUACCCUGGAGAUUUCACGGGGGAGAGGAGCAGUUGCACUCGCGUUAUCUCGAAGGCAUUGGUGCUCAGUUCUCAUAGUUUUAUGCAGCUGUUGCAUUGCGCAUUUCAUUUAUUUAAUUUAUUUAUUUAUUUUGAUUCUGAAAUUGCUCCAAAUAUUUUAGCUGAGUGAACAGCUUCAUUACAUUCCAGUUAGUUUCUGUUAAGGCCGCUUUGAAGUGGUCUUUCCCCUCCAUUGAUUCUUCCCAUGGCGAUGUUUAACACGAAUUACGCAACACUUUAUUAAACUAUGUUGAGUAUUAAACAAACAAAUGUGAUUAGCGAGUGCAAUAGGAGAUGAUGCCCCACUGCCUAGAUGCAACUGAUUCUAUUUGACCGGAUUUAGACAGAGGAUUUGGACAAACAUAAUACAGAAGCAUAUUCUCUCACAAUUAUGAUUGUUUUUACCAACAAGGGCUCAGUCUUAGAAAAUUCAGAAAAGGUUUUAAAGGGCCAUAGUCAUACUUUUUUCCCAUGUUUUUGUACCUCCUCCUCCUCCUCCUCACCAGUCUCCAAUAAGCACUUUACGUUCAUUAUAGUGCCUUGGUACAACCCCAUGUUAUGAUGAACCAGCGCGAGUGGCUCAUGGGUUAUCAUACUUUUAUAUCAGAGCUCCAUUUCUCUGUCUUUCAGACCAGUCGUCGUUAUCGUUUCUGCCUGUAUAACCCUGACACACACCUGCUGAAGGAACUGGGAGCUCUUUGCAUCUGUGUUUUUGAUCUUACAGGAAUUAAAACUGAGCUUGUUAGGAUCCUGUUAGAGUAACCAUCAAUUUUUUGCCCUUUUUUUUCACGAACAACGUGCUCAUUAGUACUGCAUUUCGGUGUCUUGGAUCUAUGUGCUGACAUGUUUGGCUGCGUGUUUGUGUUGUGUGUGUGUGUGUUUUUAAGAGGUUAAAAAGUCACUUUUUCAACCAAAGAAAACAAUCUAAAUUCAACCAGAUUAGAAUUUGGCAAAAUUGCUAAAUUAAGACUAACUGUUCAGUCAGUUCUUGAUGUUGCCUCAUUUAGUUCCACUAGUGAGAAAAGUUUUUAAUAAGCAACAAGACAUUUUCAAAAAUUCAUGCUGGUAAUUUUGCAUAAAUGGGAGUUUUCACUUAAUGGGCACUACAUCUAUAGAAAUAUUUUCUUUUUAAGAAAGUUCUCAAAGAAAGUGCAGCACAGUUAUAUGAAAAUGAAGAUCAGUGAGUUCUGGACAGAGCCGUGCUAUAGGACUUAGAGGACAGUCUUUCUUGAUAGCAGCUGGCUACUUCCUGGUUCGUUUUGCAUAUUUUAAGACAGAAACUCUGUUCAUCCCAGGUUCAUUUUCGUUAUCAGCCAGACACAGCUCGAAGUUCUCUCCUGCCCACCAUCUCUUCUAUAAUGAAACACACCACAGUUAUGGUAUGGUGAGUUCCCAUUGAGUUCACUGAAUUUCCUCACAGUCGGAGACGAGACCAAAAGCUUCCCAUUUCUUUCUGCAGCUAGAGCUCUCACUUUUCUGCAAAGGCUGCGCUGUGCAUGCAUUGAAAACCCAAGAAAUCCAUUGGUCAUGCUGCGUGACAUAUUCUGCAUCAGCUGUCAUUUAUAAUCUCCCAUCUUUCAUUGUCACCACAUAUUGACGGAUGCGACAAAGCCACACUUCCUGGCGUGUUUUUUCAGGCCUAUUCCAUGUAAUCUGCCUUCACUAUUCAGCCCAUUUCAGUGUGUCUAGUGGACUUAAACAUGGGGGGAGAAGCAGAUGUAUUUUGAAAAGUUUAGAUGAAUUUUAUUCUAUAAAUGGAGAUAAGAGUGGACUGGUAUGAUUUGCGAUCAGAUCGCUGGAGUUACUGCUGAAAAACUACUGAAUGUAUUUCAUUUCACUGAGUGCAUCAGAAUUUAUCUAUCUAUACUGUGUUCAAUAUCUGUAAUCCCACAACUGCUCCUCUGUUUGUGUGCAGUAAUGGAAAAAAAUCUGUGUUGCCAGUUAUGUGUCAUCCUUGGAAUAAAAACAGAAUGUCCAAUUUAUCUAGAGUAUAAUAUAGCAAAAUAUUUACAGAGAGCUGCUUUUUAUUACCAGAGACUUUACAUUCCUGUGUGUUUGUCAUGGUAACAACGUUAUUACAAGGUCCCAGGUUUUCGUUUCCUUUUUUCAUGAUAUUAUUUCAUGCCAGUCCUGUAGAUUUCUCCACUAUAGCCUCUACAUGAGACUGAAAUGCAUGACAACCCAUAGCGCCUAAGCGAGAUCAACAUGGCCCUUAAACGCCUCAAUAAACCAACAAAACAGUAAAAGGCAAAGAUUGAGUGUCUUGCUGUACACCAAAAGGGAUUACUGCAAAGGAACGGACAGAAGUGGACUUGAGCAGACUGUGUGUAACUUCAGAGAGCAACUACAGAUGGAAAGUGUCUCUAUGAAAAGAGAAUAUGUUAACGAAUAAAAAACUUUUUUUUGUACAGAGAUAUAUUUUUAUGAAAAUACAUUUGUAAUAUAAAAAGAAAAAAUGGAUUGACAUAUAUGUAAAUGUUUUUCUUUUUCAUUAUUGUAGUACAAAUGCUAGUGGGGAGUAUAUGAAAAAUCUAUAUAUAUAAAUAUAAAUAUAUAUAUAUAUAUAUAAAUAUAUACAAAGAAAAUAGAAACAAGGCUUUUGUAUAUGUAAAAAAGAUUGUAAAUAAAAGUUUACAUACAUACUGUACAUAUGUAAGACCCACCAUGGCUUGUCUGCAAUAUAUAAAAUGUAUUUUAUCCGUCUGUAUAUGAUGCUUUGCAUUGUGUCUAAGCUUAUUCUACUUUCUUGAACUUGAAACUUAUUUUGAAGGUUUUGGA